UGUGUUAGAAAGCAGACAAACAGGCGAUGUUUACAAUAUUUUGGUAUACUUUUUAGGAGUGCUGUUUUUAUUUAUCCUGCAGAGGAUUUCUGUACUAAUACACACAGUAAGAUCACGUAGCAUUAAUAAGACACAAUUCAAACAUUGAUUUUCUUUUAGGCUCGUGAUUUUUCUUAAUGUGGGAUGUUUGUCUGGAUGGAGUGUGGGAGUUUUUUCCACUCUUCCCUCCCUCUCAGCCGUGCACUGAUUGUCACUUUGUAGUUGUUCAUUAACUCAUAUUAGACAGGCAGACUCGCCUCCAUCAACACGGAGCGGAGCUGAUCUUAGACUCCAGCUGAAGAAACACCAGGCGCUCAGGGAAACACUUUAUCUCUGCAAUCUUACUAUUGUUCUUGCUCUCCGAAAACGUUUAAGUGUCAACAUCUUAAAAAAAAAAAAAGCUGGUUUUUCUCCUCUUAUCUUGAUGCCGGAGUGUCAAUCGGGAGAAUUUCUGCUUCGCCACCUUCUCACUUCUGUUUUUGGAUUUUCGCCGCCAGUGGAGAGGCUCAGCUCCGACACGUGUAAAGGCCACCAGUUCACCCGAACCGGCUCGUAUUUAUUUAUUUAUUUAUUUUGACACUCAAAACCUGGAAGAGGCGCGGAUUUGUGAGGACCUGAGGAAAAUCUCCCGGAUCAAUAAUGCGCAGCUGGGACUGUUUACUGUACCUGGGAGUGCUGGGAGCGGUGGGACUGGUGGCGGCGGGCCACAAAAUGCUGGACGACUGCUUGGCAUCAAACCGUAAAUACAAAAUGAACGUCGUUGUUCUGGAGGACAACAACUUCGAGUGGAGUCGGCCGUUUGUGCAGACGGCCGUGGAGCAAGCUAUCGAGAAGGACAGGCAGAAGAACAUCGACAAUGACCUGGACCUCGUUUUGACGGCCAACUACAACGGGUUCAACACCACCGUGUACAACCGGCAGGGCUGCGGCAGCAGCACCUGCGAAGGAGUGGCGAUACUCAAGAAGCUGGAUCACAGCAAUGAAGUUGGAUGCGUCAUGCUGGGACCUUCAUGUACUUUCGCCACCUUCCAGUUAGUGGACGAGGAGAUCGGCUUGACCCUGAGCAUUCCCAUCAUCUCUGCUGGCAGCUUCGGCCUCUCCUGCGACUACAAGCCCAAACUGACCCGCACUUUGCCUCCGGCUCGAAAAAUCAUCGAUUUGUUCCUCAACUUCAAGACCGAGGAGCUGAGAUUUAAGCCCGAGUGGGAUAAAUUCUACGUGUACAAGAAACAAGUGAACAAUGCGACCGAAGACUGCUUCUGGUACAUUAACGCGCUGGAGGCGCCGUCUGCGAGGUUCGCGUCUCAAACUCAGAGGGUGAUGGUGCGGGAAAAGAAGGACCUGCAGAACAUCAUGAAGACUUCAAAACGCCACAGCAACAUUAUUAUUUUAUGUGGCGGCCCAGAAGAAAUUUCUUUAAUCAAGAGCGACGUGGACCAGAUUCACCCAGACACCUUGUUCAUUCUGCUUGAUCUUUAUAACCCUGAAUAUUACAUCAAUGAAAUGGCCCACGAAUGGAUGCAAGACGUCCUGGUCGUCACUCUGCCGCAGAGGAACUACAGCUACAACUCAAACUCCUCAUACAACAACAUGAUAAAUGACUACAUGGCUGGAUACCAUGACGGAGCUCUGCUCUUUGGACAAGUGCUUAGAGAUCGGUUGAUGAGCAAAAGGCUUGGCAGGAAGUCUGAAGACGUGAAUCACAACCCGUUCGCAAACGUGACUAUCGAGGGUAUGGGAGGACACGUUGUGCUCGAUAAGCACGGAGACAGAGACGUGAACUUCUCCUUUAUUUACACGUCAGUGAAAACCGGGAAGUAUGAAACUCUGCUAGUGUUCGAUUCAUCACAAAACAGAACCAUUGAAACCCACCCGAACCCGGCUCUGGGCUGGAAAGGCCAACUUCCUGACGAUGAACCGGAAAAUCCAGAAGAUUUAGGUACACAGGACGUGAUCGUGAUCGUUUUGGGUGUCAGCGUUGUCGUGGUGACCGCCAUCGCUCUCAUCUUCUACAGGCAGAACAGGAAGGAGCGUCAGAUGCAGAAGAAGUGGUCCCACCUCAGUCCGCACCUGAUUGGUCCUCUUGAUGAGAAGGAAGUCUCUCUGAAGAUCGACGACGAUAAGAGGAAGGACAGCACUUACUUCAGACAGCGGGGCUGCUACGACAAGAAGCCUGUGAUCCUGAAGGAGCUGAAGCAUGCAGAAGGAGAUUUCACCGAGGAGCAGAAAAUUGAGCUCAACACUCUGCUGCGGAUCGAUUACUACAACCUGACCAAGUUCUACGGCACAGUGAAGUUCGAGUACGGCAUCUUCGGGGUGUUUGAGCUCUGCCAGCGGGGAUCCCUCAGGUACAUCCUCAAUGACAGGAUAUCCUACCCAGACGAGACCUUCAUGGACAUGGAGUUUAAAAUAUCCGUCAUGUACGACAUCGCGAAGGGCAUGUCGUACCUGCACUCCAGCAGCAUUCCAGUCCACGGUCGCCUCAAGUCCACCAACUGCGUGGUCGACAACCGCAUGGUUGUCAAGAUAACAGACUUUGGCUGCCACACCAUCCUGAUGCCAGGCAGAGAUCUUUGGACGGCUCCGGAGCAUCUCCGCAAAGACGGCGUGUCGCAGAAAGGCGACGUCUACAGCUACGGCAUCAUCGCACACGAGAUCGUUCUGAGGCAAAUGCCGUUCUACACCCGCUCCUGCUUUAACACCGCAGAAAAACUGCACAGAGUUCAGUAUCCCAGAGGAAACGGCUUCUUCAGACCAGACCUCUACUUUGAGGGAAUAUCAGACAGAGAAAUUGAGCUCUACAUGCUGAUAAAGAGCUGCUGGGAUGAAGACCCUGAGCGAAGGCCAGACUUCAAGAGGAUUGAGUUAACGCUGGGAAAGAUCUUCAGUAACUUGCACAACCAGGCCACGGAGACGUACAUGGACAACCUGAUCCGCCGGCUGCAGAUGUACUCCAGGACUCUGGAGUGUUUGGUGGAGGAGAGAACGGCUCUGUACAAAGCCGAGAGGGACCGAGCGGAUCGCCUCAACUUCAUGCUGCUGCCUGGUCCUGUGGUGCGUUCGCUAAAGGAGACGGGAAGAGUGGAACCCGAGCUGUUUGAGGAGGUCACCAUCUAUUUCAGCGACAUAGUGGGCUUCACCACCUUGUGCCACUACAGCACCCCCAUGGAGGUGGUGGACAUGCUGAACGAGAUAUACAAGAACUUUGACAGCAUCCUGGAUCACCAUGACGUCUACAAGGUUGAGACGAUAGGAGAUGCCUACAUGGUGGCGUCAGGGUUACCCAAGCGAAAUGGCGACAGACAUGCGGUGGACAUCGCCCACAUGGCCCUCGACCUCCUGUCGUUUGUUGGGACUUUUGAGUUGCAGCACCUGCCGGGGAUUCCUCUGUGGAUUCGCAUUGGAGUACAUUCAGGUCCGUGUGCAGCCGGCGUGGUCGGACACAAGAUGCCUCGCUACUGUCUCUUUGGAGACACGGUGAACACGGCGUCUCGCAUGGAGUCCACAGGCCUGCCUCUGAGGAUUCAUGCCAGCCAGUCCACAAUCAACAUCCUGCGGAGGACAGACUGCCAGUUUGAGUUUGAAAAAAGAGGAGAGACGUACCUGAAGGGUAAAGGGAAGGAGAUGACCUACUGGCUAACAGGUGUCACAGGAAGAACCUACAACCUGCCCACACCACCGACGGCGGAGAACUUCCAGAGGCUCCAACAGGACCUGGCAGACAUGAUCGUGUCCAGCCUGGAGAAGCACCGAGCUGGAAAAGAGGGCUUCGAGAAGAGGAAGACCUUGUCCACCAGAGUCCGCUGGAGAGACACCAACGGCAGUCUGAGGAAGGACGGCCCGCCAGAGUACUUCCACCUGGCCGUCACCGACAACCCCAGCACGUUCCUGUGACGGAGGGCAGAGGAGAUUUCUGGGAAAGACUUUUUAAGCCCAGCAUUUGGGACUGAACACCUGUUGGGGCCGUUCUGCUGAGUCAGAGUGACGGUGCCGAAGCAGCAGGUGGGUUAACAGUGACGUCAUUUCUACAGGUCUCUGCCCAGGUCACAGUCCUCCAAGGUUGAGAGAGCAGCAGGUACUAAUGGCUAUUAC